GCCCACAAUAUAGUGGCAGAAGACUGCAGCAAAAUAAUUCAAGAAAAUAAGACACAUCUUGCAACAUCCAGCAGGGAUCCAGAUUUUCCCAGGUCAUCUUCCAGUCUGUCUACGAUGCAGGAUCACAAGACACAACGCCCCAACAUUAAAAGUUCAAGUGAAAACACAGAUGAAGUGAGGAUCGUGCUGCUGGGAAAAACUGGAGUUGGGAAGAGUGCAACAGGAAACACAAUCUUAGGAAGAGACGCAUUUACAGCAGAAACAUCUCAAGAGUCAGUGACUAAAGAGAGUCAGAGAGAAUCAUCUGAAAUCAAUGGCCGACACGUCACUGUGAUCGACACUCCAGGACUGUUAGAUACUGAACUGAGUAAUGAGGAGAUCCAGAGAGAAAUCAGACACUGCAUCUCCAUGAUCCUGCCUGGACCACAUGUGUUCAUCAUUGUGCUCAAUUUAGGACAACGAUUCACUCAAGAAGAAGCAACAUCAGUGAAGAUCAUCCAAGAGAUGUUUGGAGAGAAAUCUUUAAUGUUCACCAUGGUGCUCUUCACCAGAGGAGACGAUCUGAAGAACAAAACUAUUGAUCAGUAUCUGGGGAAACCAGGAUCUGUGAUCAGAAACCUGAUUGAAGCGUGUGGAAACAGAUACCAUGUGUUCAAUAAUAAUCAGACUGGGGACCGAACACAGGUGUCUGAUCUACUGGAGAAGAUAGAUAACAUGGUGGAAGAAAACGGAGGGAGUUUCUACUCAUGUAAGAUGUUCAGACAAAUGGACAGAGAAAAGCGAGAACAACAAAUGAAGAACUUGAUGGACAGAGUCAGAGAAAGAGAAGAACUGAUGAAGAAACUGGAAGAAGAGAAAGAGAGAAUGAAGAUGAUGAUGGAGGAAGAAAGACAGAAUCAUGACAAAGAAAGAAAGAGAAGAGAAGAAGAACUGAAAAGAGAAAUAACAGAACAAGAGGAUCACGAGAGAAAGAUACGAGACGAGAUGAGACGAGAACGAGAGACAUUCAAACAUGAAAUAGAGAAAAUGAGACAAGAAAAAGAGAAUUUGAAGAAAGAUAAGGAAAAUCUUCAGAUGAAAUAUGACACAGAAGUAGACAGACUGAUGAACAGAAUAGAGAAUGAGAGGAAGAAUAGAGAAGAGGAAAUUAAUGAGAGAGAAGAACGAUAUAAAACACUUAUGAAAGAGAAAGAAGAUCUUCAAUCUAAACAUGAAGCAGAAGAAAACAAGGUGAAGAUCUUGACGGAGAAACUGAACAGAGAAAGAGAAGAACUGAUGAAGAAACAAGAAGAGAAAGAGAGAAUGAAGAUGAUGAUGGAGGGAGAACGACAGAAUCAUGAAACAGAGAGAAAGAAAAGAGAAGAAGAGUUUAAUGAGAGAGAAGAACGAUAUAAAAGAGAAAUAAGAGAACAAGAGAAACAUCAGAGAGAGAUACGAGACGAGAUGAGACGAGAACGAGAGACAUUCAAACAUGAAAUAGAGGAAAUGAGGAAAGAAAAAGAGAAUGUAAAGAAGGAAAAGGAAAAACUUCAGCUCAGAUAUGACACUGAAAUAGACAGACUGAUGAACAGAAUAGAGAAUGAACGACAGAACCAUGACAAAGAGAGAAAGAGAAGAGAAGAAGAGUUUGAUGAGAGCAAAGAGCGAUAUAAAAGAGAAAUAAAAGAGAAAGAAGUGAGUGAGGAAAGGAUGCAUGAAGAGAUGAAGAGAGAACGAGAGGAAUGGGAGAAACAUAAGCUAGAGGAAAAGAUGAAAAGAGAAGAAGAUGAGAAAAGAAGAGACAAAGAAAAACAGUUUAGUGAUGAACAGAUUCAGAGACUAAAGAGUGAAAUGGAGGGAAUAAUCAGAGAGAAAGAGAGAAUAGAAAGAGAGAGACGAGAACAACUAGAGGAUUUAGAGAAGAGACUGACAGAAGAAAGAAACAUGAGAGAAGAUCAACAAAAGACUUCUGAAGAGAAACUGAAACUCCUUGAAGAACAGCAUGAAGAAGAACUGAAGAGAAGACGAGUGGAGUGGAGAGAGGAAUAUGAACGAGAGAAAGAGGAGAUGAAGAAGAAGAUCUGCUCUGAAGCUGAUCAGGGAGAAAACAAAAACAUCACUGCAGAAGUCAGAGCAGAAAGAAUACAGCAUCUAUUACACAGACUUCUUGAAGGCGGGCACUUCAACAAACUGAGAGCUGCAGAUGUUCUUCAGAUAAAUGUUCAUUCAUUACAGUCUCAUGAGUCUUGUGCUGAAGAAGAGCUGAUUCACACUUUCCUACAAAAACUACUGAUUAUGGACUACAGAGCAAGAUACAUUCAUGUUAGAGAUCCCAAUGAACAUGAUCACACACAACAAAGAGACAGUGACUCUUCUGAAGAUGAGUUUGAUAUUUUUGAUUAUGUUUCCUCUGUGUCAAACAAAGGAACAAGCCAAUCUGACCAUAUCCACCCGAUGGAUGUUCAGAUGGCCGUGUUUCAUUGUGCUGAUGGUUUCCUGAAGCAGCUGAUGGUCACUAAAUUGUCCCAGUGUCAGUACGCUCUGCCUUUGCUUGUUCCUGAUCCAUUCACACAACAGAUUGAGUUUCCUCUCUGGACAUUCAGACAAAUCCACAAGAGCUGGAAGAUCAGAAACACCAACAAUGAGAUCAUCAGUCAAACCCAGCCGAUCUACAUGGCAGAAACUCCAAUGGUGUUUUUCACCAGGUUUGGCUCUGUGUCUUCAUCCAAGUCUCAGCUGAUGAACAGUCUGAUCAAUGAGAAACACAACACGUUCUUCCACAGGAACUGCCCAGGCAGCAGCAGAACCAGAGUCCUGAUGGAUGGAGUGGUGGAGAUCGCCUGGUUCUGCCCCUCUGGGAAAAACAUGGAUAAAUUCAGUGAGUGUGUUUCGUUCUGUAAUCUACACGGUGAUGCAGGAGACCAUGAGAAACAGCUGCAGAUCCUCACUGAAAUGAGCUCAGUCAAUGUUGUUCUUCUAACACGACUGGACAGGAAUGACAGACAUGCAACGAUAAUCCAAAACCUGUUCAGGAAGAGAAACCCACUCAUUUUACUUUUUACUGAGGAUGAAUCUGCUGUCACUGAGAUGAAGAAAGGGGAAUUCAAGAUUGGUUUGAAAGACAGAAAUCAGUCAGAUGUUUCUGAAGAACUCAGAAAAGCGAUAAUUGAUUGUCUCUCAGAAUCAUCUUCCACUUUCAGACUUAAAGAUGUGUCCAAACACUCAGACAUCAGAGUAGAUGAGGAAGAUGAUGAAGACUGCAGGAGAGGAAGAGAAGCAGCACAGCAGAUGAUGAGUUUACUGGAAAAGAAAGAUCUGACAGAAAUCAAAGACUCAUUUCUGCCUCAUCAGGGGAAACUGUGGCAUCAGUGGAGUCAGAAGAACAAAGAACUACAUCGACUUCAAGUAGAUGAGACUGAAAUGGACAUCAGUAGAAAACAAACAGAGAUGAGGAAAAUCCGUGAACAGCAGCAUGAAUCUGACAUCAGUGAGAUUAUGAAAAUAUUUCAUUAUCAACUGUUCUCACAUACUGAACAUAACAAGAUGUUUUUCCUCAAAUGGCUCCAAGUCUUCCUGGAUGAAUACACCUCAAUUGACCUUUCUGAUCUACAUCACAAAUAUGAUGAAAAGUGGUCAACCAUAAUAAAACUGAAAGAAAACAAUGAUAAAUCUGAACAACUCAAAGCUGAACAAACUGAACUUGAGAGAAUAUCUGAGGAUCUUCAGGAUGCAAACUUUGGUUUGGAGCACAUCAUGAGGGAGAUCGGUCAGAUCUAUGAAUCAUGUUCAUCUGUGAAUGAGAACAAGAAAGACCUGCAGUUUGACUUCUCUUCUCUCCCGAGUCUUGCAGCAGAGAUGAUGAUCUCUGGAUUUCCACUGGAGCUGAUGGAUGGAGAUGCUGCUCAUGUUCCUGUGAUCUGGAUCUCUGCUGUUCUAGAUGAACUCAUCCAGAAACUGGGAAACCACACCAGAGUCUUUGUGCUGUCAGUUUUAGGGAUUCAGAGCUCUGGGAAAUCCACCAUGCUGAAUGCCAUGUUUGGACUCCAGUUUGCCGUCAGUGCUGGCAGGUGCACCAGAGGAGCUUUCAUGCAGCUGGUCAGACUGUCAGACGAGAUGAAAACACAGAUGGACUUUGGAUAUAUUCUGGUUGUUGAUACUAAGGGCCUUCAUGCUCUAGAACUGACUGGAAGAUCAACAAGAGAUCAUGAAAAUGAAUUGGCCACGUUUGUUGUUGGUCUUGGAAAUCUGACAUUGAUCAACAUCUUUGGAGAAAACCCUUCUGAGAUGCAGGAGAUUCUUCAGAUUGUUGUUCAGGCUUUCAUGAGGAUGAAGAAGGUCAGACUGAAUCCCAGCUGUGUGUUUGUGCAUCAGAACAUUUCAGACAUCACAGAUGGAGAGAAAAACAUGAAGGUAAAGAGACGACUGCAGGAGACACUGGAUGAGAUGACAAAACUCGCUGCUGAAGAGGAAGUCUGUGUUGAAGAAUAUUUCAGUGAUGUCAUUAGAUUUGAUGUUCAGAAAGAUGUGAAGUAUUUUGCUCAGUUCUGGGAGGGAAACCCACCCAUGGCUCCACCAAACCCAAACUACUGUGAGAAUAUUCAAGAACUGAAGGAAACUAUUAUGACUCAUGCCUCAAGAUCAGAUGGAAUGAUGCUGAUAGACUUAAAAGAUCGUGUUAUAGAUCUCUGGGAGGCUUUACUGAAUGAAAGAUUCAUGUUCAGCUUCAGGAAUUCUCUGGAAAUUUCAGCCUACAGGAAACUGGAGAUACAGUACAGCAAGUGGUCCUGGAGUCUUCGCAGUGCCAUGAUGGAAAUUGAGAACAAACUACUCAACAAAAUAGAGAAUGAAGUGAUUCAUGAGGUUGAGGAAACUGAUCUUCAAAAAGAACUGAAGAAGACAAGUGAAGAAGUGGAAAAAUCAAUGUCUGAAUUCUUUGAGAAAGACACUGAUAAAUAUAUACUGAUUCAGUGGAAAACAUCAUUUGAAAUCAAAAUCAAAGAGCUUCGGGAAAACAUUGUGAGAGAAACAAAGAGGAAAUUAAAUGAGAUUCUUCAGCAGCGAGAUCUGAAGAAAAAGAUUGAUGCUCAGAGGUCACAUCACGAAAACACUCUCUAUGAAAAGAGCAAAGAACUUGCCUUAAAACUCAAAGAUAAAACAAAUGAUGAAGAAAGACUGAAGAAAGAGUUUGAUUUGUUCUGGGAACAGAGUGUGAACAAUAUCAUCACAGACACUCCUGCAAUCAAAGACAUUGAUGUAAUGAGAGAUGUGAGUGAAAUCCUCAGUGACGCCUAUGGAAGUGUUUCUGUAAAUCACUGGAAGGAGAGGAGUGAUAUUUUAACUGUGUCCAGUUAUUCAGAAUAUGUUAUUUUCAGAAAGUCCAGAACAAGUGGGAUUAAAUGGGCUGUCAAUAAUGCUUACAGAACAGUAAAUGAAAUGUAUAGAUUCGAAAAUCUCUCUAAAGAGGAUGAAGCCCAGAUAAGUUCAUUAGUUGCAGAUGUUUCUCUGCAGACAGACAGAAUGAUUCAGUCAUUUGACAUCUCAAAGCUGGGCUACAACAUCAGCUACAUUCGUCAACUCACAGAUUACAUCAAGGCAAGAGUAACAGAACACCAGGAAGAACAAGUGAAAUAUGUGUUCAAGAAUGAAUUCUUCAUGGAUUUGGUUCUUUCCAUCUGUGAGAGAGCAAACAAGAUAAUCGCUGACCAACACAGACUGUUCAGAGAAGCCAAUGAUCCUGUAAUAUAUGUUGAGAAGAAGAGAGAAGAGUACUAUAGUAUUUUUCAGAAAUACUGUCAUGGAGCAACAUCAGCUGCUGUUUUUGGUGAGAUCAUCUGUCAGAAACUGAAAGAGUCCAUUGAGCAGAGCGUCUACAAGAAGACUGGCAGAGAUCUGACAGGUGAAAUGAGAUCAAACUGUGAAUCACUGAAUGGAAACAGAUCAAAUCUGGAGAAACACAUCCUGAAGACACUGGCAGAAGAGGAGGAUUUUGACAAAUACAUGAACUACAUUCAUAAACCCAGAGAUCACUUCAAGAGUUUCAUCAGAGCUGAAGUCAGUCGGUACAUCUCUGAUAAGUUCAGUGUCAGUGUUUUAUCCAAGAUGAAGGAGAACAUUGAACUUCUGCAGCAGAAGAUCAUGAGAGCAGCACAUGAAUCUACUGAACAUGUUCAAGAGAACAGAGGAGAUGUUGAUUUGUGGUUGAAGAGUUUCACACAGCAGAUCUCAGAUGAGCUGAUCUUCUCUGAAAAAGACCUCAGUGGAGUCAAAGAUGAUGAUGUUGAUGAUUUCAACCUCCUAGAAGAUGUGAUGAGACAAGAACUUCCUGAUAUAAUGUCUGAGAUCAGCAGGAUAUUCAACACUGAGACUUUUCCAGUAAAUAUGGACUGUAAGUUCAGACCAGAUGAGCUUCUGAUUGAUCACUUCUGUCAGUGCUGUUGGGUUCAGUGUCCGUUCUGUAGAGCCAUCUGCACCAACACCAUAGGAGACCAUGAUGGAGAUCACAGUGCUCCUUUCCAUCGUAAUAAUGGACUGAAUGGGUGGUCUCACAGAGGAACAACAAUCUUACAAAUUAACGUAUGCACAUCAGCUGUAGCAAGUGAUCAAUCUUUUUAUCCCAAUGACUCAGAUGAUGCAGUCCUCUGGAGAGACUACAGAAGAGCAGGAGGAGAUUAUGCGAACUGGAGCAUCACUCCUGAUCUCUAUGAACUGCCCUACUGGAAGUGGUUUGUGUGCAGAUUCCAGAAAGAUCUGGAAAAAUACUACAGUAAAACAUUUGAGGGGAGUGGUGAGAUCCCAGAUGAAUGGAGAGAAUACAGAAAAGAAGAUGCUAUCGAGAGUUUGGAUCAAUACAUGUAAUGGAGCAUAUGAAGAAUGAGACUCUUGUGUCUCCUCUCAGAUUCAGAUCACACACUCUAAAAAAU